AUGCUGGCCGGCAUCGGAGGAGGGCUAAACGGGAUGAUGCUGGGAUCCUCGUCCGGGUCCGGGCCGACCCGCGAGCGGGCGAUGGGCUUGAGACGGGACACCAUUGCUGCUUCCGGCAACGGUUACAUACAGGAGCCCGAGGAUGAGGCAGCGCUGGCGACGGGAGAGGAGGCGGAGUUGGCGGCGGCGCUCGAGGAGAGCGCGAGGCUGGUGGAGGAGAGGCGGGCGGCGGAGGAGCAAGGGUCGUCCUCUUUGGCUGCAGAGUCGCCGGCUCCGAGGGAGGAGGAGCCGCCGGCCGACUUCAUCUGCCCGAUCACGACCGAGCUCAUGAGCGACCCGGUGCUGGCGGCGGACGGGCAUGCCUAUGAGCGGUCGGCGAUCGAGCGCUGGCUCGCGACCAAGUCGACGAGCCCGAUGACGGGCGAGGAGCUCGAGCUCACUCGGCUCUUCCCCAGUCACAUCCUGCGCCGUCAGAUUCGAGAGUGGCGAGAGGCGCAUCCAGGGCGGGUCGAGGCGCCAUCCGAUGAAUGA